AUUGACCAGAAAAAGCGACAAACAAGGUACAAGACCAAGAACCCAAGACCAACAACAGCCUCUCUCCUCCUCUCACCCUCUCUCCUCCUCAAACUCUGUCUGUUCUGUAAACCAGACUUUGAAAUUCCGGAACUUCCAAAAAAAUCAAAUUUUCAGAUACCAUUUGGUUUCACAAAAUCAAAUUUUGGACAGUCCCGAUCUUCAAAAUCUCUCCACUUCAGCUAAAAUGAUUCAAAUUACUCGCAGUAUAAAAUCCCAAACCCAAUUCGUUUUUUCAUCAUUUCACUCAGACAAAUAUUCCAGUUUUCUUCUACUAAAGAUUGAAUUUUGAUGUGAUGUUGUUUUUACCAUGCUAUUCUUUAAUUUGUGAGGGAUUUGAAUAGCGCCACUAUUUAUUCAUAUAUAUAAUACACAACACAGUUAUACUGAUAUAGGAAAGAAAUAAAGAGUUUGUUUUCUAAUGCUCUCUAGAACUAGUUCUAAACAUGGGGCUCUUGCCCUCUGUUCAAAUUUAUUCAGGUUCCUUAUUGUUGCUCCAUUUUCAUCAAACCCUAACCCUAGGUUAAUUCGUCCCAAAUAUGCCCUCCAAAACCCAAAACCCACCACUAAAAUCUCUUCAGAUUUCAGGUUUGCCUCCAGAAUAUCAUCAUCAGAAGUCUCUGAAACUUCAAAUGCUGUAAGCCCCUCUUAUGUCAAUUCUGUUUGUUCUAUACUCUGUAAUCAUAGCACUGAAACAGCUAGUCUUGACAAUUUGCUGAGUAACUUCAAAGAUGAGCUUAGUUCAGAACUUGUUCUGCAAGUUCUGAUGAAUUAUAGGCAGUUGGGUAGGACUAAGACCUUGAAAUUCUUUAUUUGGGCUGGACUGCAAAUGAGUUUUCAAUUCGAUGACUCUGUGAUUGAGUACAUGGCUGAUUUCUUAGGUAGGAGGAAGCUUAUUGAUGAUUUGAAGUGUUUCUUGAUUACUGUUUGGUCGAACAAUUGCAGGAUUUCCUGCCGGACAUUUUCCAUCUGUAUUAGAUUUUUGGGUAGGCAGGGGAGAGUUAAAGAAGCCCUUUGCUUGUUCAAAGAAAUGGAGUCCAAAUUCGACUGUAAACCUGAUAACCUUGUGUACAAUAAUUUGUUGUAUGUGCUUUGUAAGAAGGAAUCUUCAGGGCAAUUCAUUGAUGCUGCUAUUUUAAUAUUUCGAAUGAUUGGAUCUCCCGAUACAUAUUCUUAUAGUAAUAUUCUUGUUGGUUUAUGUAAAUUUGGUAGAUUUGAGACUGCCCUAGAAGUUUUUCGUGAUAUGGGUUGUGCCAGUUUGGCUCCAACACGGACCGCGAUUAACGUUCUUAUUGGGGAUUUGUGCCUACUAAGUGCAAAAGAAGGAGCUAUUGGGAAAAUUAGGGUGAAAGAUGCUCGGAGACCUUAUACUAUUUUAGUACCAAAUGUAUGCUCAAAUACUGGUGCUAUACUGCCUGCAACUGAAGUAUUUUGGGCAACUUAUGAUUUAGGUUUACUACCCAGCACAUUUGUUAUUAAGCAGCUUCUUUCAGAGCUUUGUCGAUUGGGAAAAAUGGAAGAAGCUCUGAAGCUUUUGAAGGUUAUAGAGGAGAGGAAGCUGAGAUUUGUGGAAGAGAGUUACACUAUUGUGAUACAGUGUUUAUGCGAACGUCAUCAGGUGGAAGAAGUUAGCCAUUUGUUUGGGAGGAUACUUUCGCAGGGCUUCAACCCAAAGUUAGUAGUUUACAAUGCCAUUAUUUGUAUGCUCUGCAAAAUGGGCAGCAUGGAUCGUGCAGAAAGGGUGUUUAAGAUUAUGAAUAAGAAGAGAUGCCUUCCAGAUAAUGUAACAUAUACUGCGUUAAUCCACGCUUUUGGAGUAGCACGGAAUUGGGAAGCAGCUUACAGCUUAUUAGUGGAAAUGUUGGGAUUAGGCUGGUUUCCACAUUUUCACACGUAUAAUUUAGUGGAUAAUCUUCUGAGGGAACAUGGGCGGGUGGAUUUAUCUAUAAAAUUGGAAGGGAAAAUAGAAGCCCAGAUGUUGCACAAGCAUUGCAAAUUGGGUCAACUGGAGGCUGCUUAUGAGAAGCUGAGAUCGAUGCUUGAAAAGGGUAUCUGCCCUCCAAUCUACAUUAGGGAAGCUUUUGAACAUGCAUUUGGAAAGACUGGCAAGUUGAAGAUAGCUCGUGAAUUGCUUAACAAAAUUGACGAAAUAAUCUACAAAACAGAGGAGACAGGACUUAAAGGUUCUGAUCAAUUGUGUCCAUGAAGUGAUUGAGACAUUUCUGAGAUGGUUGACAGACUCAUGUAUAUUGCUGCAUCCAUAUUAAGUUAUUGAAUUGUCCAGUGUCCACAUCAGGCCAUCAUUAAGGAAGGGAGAAGAGGGCGUGCUGUAUCAUAGUUCUGAUCUUACGAUAGGAGCUCAUCGAAUUGUCCGGGUCUUGCUUCUAUGUUGAGGGAUGGUUGACAUUCCAAAGUUGCAUGGGUUUGGACUAGGAGUGAAGAUCAGUGAAACAUUUAAUUCUAUUUCCAUCCAUCUUGAAGGUGGCGUAUCUUUUUGAAACAGUUGGCCAAUAAAUUGGGAUCCAAUAGAGGGUUGCAUUGAUUUCUGUCCUCCCAGAGAUGUGAAACUACAUGAAGAAGCUGCUCAAGGUGGAAUGUGUUGAUUGCACUUAGAUUGGAUUCCUGCCUGGUUCUUCAGUUGUUGAUCUUGGAGAUUCAGUUCAACUCCCAGUGAUGCCAUUCUUGAAAUAUUUAAAGGUUCUAUACUCUCAUGGUCUUGUCUACUGCAUUAUUUGGGAAACCAGCAUUUAGGAAUCUCAUUUGCAAUGGGCCUAUCCUUGCUGAGGAUGGUAAAAAGAUGAGUAAAAGAUUGAAGAACUAUCCUCGAUGUAUGGAAGUCAUUAAUGAAUACGGGACUGAUGCGUUACGACUGUACCUUAUUAAUUCAACAAUUGUUGCCUUUUCGUUUGAAAAAGGAUGGAGUUUAUGGUGUUGUCAAGGAUGUUUUUUCUGUCGUGGUACAAUGCAUACAGGUUCCUUGUUCAGAAUGCAAAAAUACUUGAGAUCGAGGGAUUUUCACCAUUUGUUCCUAUUGAACAGUACACUCUUCAAAAGCCAUCUAAUGUGCUUGAUCAGUGGAUCAACUCGGCCACUCAGAGUCUAGUUCGUUUUGUCUGCAAACAAAUGGAUGCAUAUCGAAUGUAUACGUGUGAAUCGAAAUUACCUUGAGUACCUGGUUAGAGCGUUAGAAAAUGGGCUCGCUGAUGUGGAUUCUGAGGGGGCUUGCAGCAAGACAACCACUUCCAAAAGCACAGGAGGCCCCGGCAAGGGGAAACGUGGGAGAGGAAAGGGUGCUUCUUCCUGAUCUGGUGGGCCAACAAGAAAUGUGGACGAUUUAGGCGGUUGGUCCUGGUUUCUCCUGUUUUUAGGGAGUGAUGUAACUUUGUUGAAUGUAUAAUAAAGAGAUUUUCUCAUGGGAUCCCUUGCACAUAAAUAACCAUUCCCUGUUGGUUUCUGCUAUAUGUUUAUCAGCUUUGUGUGUAUGCAGAAGGUAGUGCAAAAUGACAUAUAUUUCAUGUUCAGUGCAGGUUAUAUGUUUAAUGGGAUCCGUUGAGUUAUUCAGAA